AGACAGAGAGAGGAGGACCUGUGACUGCGACAGGAGACUGUAUUUUUCUUUUUUUAAAAUAGAAGAAAAAACAAACACGAAAAGAUGGAUUUAAGUUUGCUACAAGUUCUGGAGAAAGAGCACAUCCUGGAGGUUCUUCGGAGAGACAAACAGAUGCGUGCAAUUGAAGAAGACAGGAUCAGGAGGAUGAAAUACGAGCUGCAGGAGCUCAGAAGGAAGGGUGCAAAGAGCUACACCCGGCAGUACGGCGAGCGGACCUGCGCCCGCUGCCAGAGGCCGCUGGGAAAGUUCUGGAACUCGGGUGCAGUCUGCCGCGGCUGCAGCCACCGCAUCUGCAGCAAGUGCCGCGUGGGAGCGGCGAACUGGAAGUGCACGGUCUGCCACGCGUACAGGGAUAUGAAAAUCAAGUCAGGAGAGUGGUUUAUAGAGGAAAAGGCAAAGAAAUUUCCAGUCACCACAGACAAAUAUGAGACAGUCGGGGAGAAACUAUUAAAGACCUACAACGUGCUGAGUCAUAUAUGCGUUGUGCCUCCCACUCCUCCGCCCCACUUGGAUUAUAACUGUCUGAGCAGAUCUGGGAAUUGGAAAAACUCGAAGCCUUUCACCAAAUCUGUGGAAAAUCUAAUGAUUUCCUUCACGAGUCACAUUAAAAAGAUUUCCAAUUCUCAAAAUGACGUCCGUGAAGAUCUGCUGCAAGUUGACAACAGGUGGAGAGGCUCGAGCUUCACCUACACCACCCAAAAGAGCCUGUCCGACACCGACAUCAACAAAUCGAGCACGCUCUUUAAAGUCCCGAGUCUUCCAAACCUGUUCAAGAAGAGCAAAGACAGCGACCAGGAGGGCUCCUCCACCGGGGCAGAAGAUGAGACUUCUUUCAGUUCUGAGUACUCUGGAGGACCAAGAGGCAGCUGCAGCAGCACCAGCACAGAGUUUGGUUUCUUUGAGAGUGUUUCUGUGGCCGGAGAACUGGAGCUGGCUCUGGCCUUCAACACCAACGCCUCCCGUCUGGAGAUCACAGUCGGCGCCUGCAGAAAUCUCUCUUACGGAGACAGCAAGAGGAGGAAGUGUCACCCAUACGUGAAACUCUACGUGCUGCCGGACAAGAGCUCCAAACUGAAGACGUCAGUGAAGAGGAACACGACUGAUCCAGUUUACAAUGAAGUUUUAAAGUAUAACAUAGAGCGCCACAUGCUGACUGGAAAGAGACUCCAGGUGACAGUGUGGCAUUCAGGUACCCUGAAAAGGAAGGUUUUCCUUGGCGAAGUCCUCAUCCCACUGGAUGGCUGGAGAUUUGAGGACAAGGCAUUUGAGCGCUUCAACUGGUAUCCACUGUGUCCAAAGCCUGAGAGACAAAAUGGAGGUGCUGCAGAACAGGAGUGAGGAGAACUGCUGGUCAGAGUCAAGGUGUCUGACUGGGACCCAGCAGAAAGCUCGUCCACACAACGCCCAUUUCUGAAAGCGAGACUGGCAUGAUCGACUGCUUUGUCCAGGACAUCUCUCUGAACUCGGACCCGUGGGUCCAAAGCACCUCCUGUGUCACUAAGUCACCCCAACUGGGGCCUGAAUGGACCAAUAACAGCAGAGAUUCACUUCUGAAUGUCCUCUGCAGUAACACUUUAACACCACCUAUGAAGCAUCUAUAAUCGGUAUAUGAACAAUAAAUCAUUCAUAGCAUAAUGUAUACACCUCCUCAAGCAAAGCAUUUGUGAUCAAUUAAAAUAUUUUUGGUAGUAUAAAACAGAAUAUAGAAAAUGUAUUACUUUAUAGAAAUAUUCAUACUUGUUAUAUUUAACUUUUUUUUUAAUCUGCUAAGCUCCAUGAAGCUUUAAGGAAACUCCAGUAACUGACCCUAAUUCUUAAAUAUUGCAAGUUUAAGAAAACACAUUAUACGUCUGAAGUAUAGUCUGAGUAUGCUUUUAAAUUAAAAGCUGCCAGCUUUAAGCUAUCAUGACUAUUUACAUAUUACAGAACCUUCCGGGUCCAAUUCUGUUUAAUAAAUACAUGACAUGCUGUAUUUUUUGUGCAGCUAGAGGCUAAAAAAAGAUUGGAUAAGCCAACUUUCUGAAGGAGUGUGGAUGUAGCUAACAUAUUGAGCUUUAUUAACUCUUAUGGAUGCUUCAUAGUAGCAGCUGGUUAGCAAAGAUUUCUUCCAACAUGUACAAUGUUAUUAAUUUAUAAAACCGUUAAAGUGUUGCCAUUUCCGUUCAAGGCCUCUCUGCUGCCUUCAGGCCACCUUUGAGAUCUGGCUUCCUCUUUAAUGCUCUGUUCUUCUGUCAGAGGAGACCAGCAGCUAAACGUCCACGCAAAUAAAAUUAGUGAAAGAGACGCUAAGCUAAUACUGACAAAUGAAAUCUGGAGCCACACCCGGCGGUGCAUAGGAAGCGGUUUGAGUUGCCUCACACAGCGGCUCUCUCAGCACAAAGAGGCCUUUCUCGUCUCCGUGGAAGCGACGUGUGAAAGAAGAAGAAGAAGAAGAAGAGGAGGGCUUCUGUGCUGGAAGGAGCGGUGAUUUCACUGAACUGGCAUUCUGUUGACUUCCCGUUCUCCUGGCUCUCCAUGGCAACUGGAAGUCAAGUUGCCAUGGUAAGCACCAAGUUUAGUGUGACGUCAGCUCGCUGGCGUCAACAGGUGGAGAAAAUGACAACCUCAGCCACGUCACAGCCCGCCGACAGAUUCAUUCUAUUUAUUUAUUUAUUUUUAUUUACACCUAGCACUUUAAAAAUCUCUGUUAGCAUUUUACUAUUUAUAUUGUAUGUAUAGUCUGAUAUAAAUUCAAUCAACAUGUUUGGUUUUUUGCAUUUUUUUAAAAACUA